UGGGGCCACUCAGAAAGCGAUGGAGAACAAGGCCAUGUACCUGCACACCGUGAGCGACCGGGACACCAGCUCCAUCUUCGAAGAACCCUUUGAUGGCAGGAGCCUGUCCAAGCUGAACCUGUGUGAGGAUGGUCCGUGUCACAAACGGCGGGCGGGUAGCUGCUGUGCCCAGCUGGGUUCCUUGUCAGCCCUGAAGCAUGCCGUGCUCGGCCUCUACCUGCUGGUCUUCCUGAUUCUCGUGGGCGUCUUCAUCUUAGCAGUGUCCAGACCCCGCAGCCACCCUGACGACCUGAAGGCGCUGACUCGCCACGUGAACCGGCUCAACGAGAGCUUCCGGGACUUGCAGCUGCGGCUGCUGCAGGCCCCGCUGCAGGCCGACCUGGCGGAGCAGGUGUGGAGCGCGCAGGAGGCGCUGCAGAACCAGACGGACGCGCUGCAGCUGCUGGCGGGCGCCGUGCAGCGGCUGGAGGGCGCGCUGUGGGCCCUGCGCGCCAGGGCCGCGCAGGCGGAGCAGGCCGUGGCCCUGCUGCGGGACCGCACGGGCCAGCAGGGCGACUGGACGCAGCUGGAGCUGUACCAGCUGCAGGUGGACAGCAACCGCAGUCAGCUGCUGCUGCGGCGUCAUGCGGGCCUGCUGGACGGGCUGGCGCACCGGGUGGGGGUCCUGGGCGAGGAGCUGGCCGACGUGGGGGGCGCGCUGCACGGCCUCAACCGCAGCCUGUCCUAUGACGUGGCGCUGCAGGGCACGCGGCUGCGGGACCUGCAGGUGCUGGUGAGCAACGCCAGCGAGGAUGCGCGCCGCAUGCGCAGGGUGCACUUGGACCUGGAGCUGCAGCUCAAGCAGGAGCUGGCCAUGCUCAACGUGGUGACGGAGGACCUGCGCCUCAAGGACUGGGAGCACUCCAUCGCCCUCAGGAACAUCUCCCUGGCCAAAGGGCCACCGGGACCCAAAGGUGACCAGGGUGAUGAAGGGAAGGAAGGCAGGCCUGGCAUUCCUGGACUACCUGGACUUCGAGGUCUGCCGGGGGAAAAGGGCACCCCAGGACUGCCCGGUCCCAAGGGCGAUGACGGGAAGCUGGGGGCCACAGGCCCAAUGGGCAUGCGUGGGUUCAAAGGUGACCGAGGCCCGAAAGGAGAGAAAGGAGAGCGAGGAGACAGAGCAAGAGAUGCGGGUGGCCUGGACGCCAUGACCAUCCGCCUGGUGAACGGCUCGGGCCCGCACGAGGGCCGCGUGGAGGUGUACCACGAGCGGCGCUGGGGCACCGUGUGUGACGACGGCUGGGACAAGAAGGACGGGGACGUGGUGUGCCGCAUGCUGGGCUUCCGCAACGCAGAGGAGGUGCACCGCACGGCGCGCUUCGGGCAAGGCACCGGAAGGAUCUGGAUGGAUGACGUGGCCUGCAAGGGCACGGAGGACACCAUCUUCCGCUGCAGCUUCUCCAAGUGGGGGGUGACAAACUGUGGACAUGCCGAGGACGCUGGCGUGACGUGCAACAGACACUGAGAUGAGCCCUGCCACGGGCCGUGGGUCAGGGGGACGGCUAGGGAGCAGCUGGCCGUGCCUCUGCGCUGCCCAGCACCUCCUGCCCCAGAGCCCUCUCCCAGGACGUGGGGGCCUCUCUCUCUCUCUCCCUCCUUCCAGCCCCUAGAUCGCAAGUGCUCUGUGGGGUCCACUGCCUGCCCAUCCCUGCCGCCAGGGCUCCCUGGCCAGCUGGGACACCAGCUGGCUCCGCUGUGAAUCGCCAUCCAGAGCUCUUCAGUGUCCACGUUGCCUUUGAUCUUCUGGUUACAGAUGGCCAGAAGACAGCGGAGGGAGAGGGAGCAGUGGGGAUGGGAGGUGUUGUGAUCAUUUACUCCAGAUGAAUUCCCAAGCCUCAGUUAGGCCAAGAGUUUCAAUACAUGCCUCCUCAAGAAGAGAAGUCCUGAAUGGCUCUGUUUCUCCUCUGUAACUCUGCCUCUUCAGGCUAUGUUAGUUUGGGGCCGGGACAGAGAGGAGGAGCCAGAGGGGAGUGCGGAAAUCCAGCUGGAGCUGGAGAAAGGGAGUGAAGCUAGCUUGAUUGAAUAACUACCAUGUUGUGCUAAAUAGUAUCUUGGGUGCUACAACCCUUCGUCCACUUUGCUGUGUUGCUACGAGUCAUGUCAGGCAGGCAGGGUGCGGCCCCGUCUCCACAUAACACACACCUGGCCCGUUUGCCUGGCCUCCAAGUCAGAAGACAGAAUGAUUGACACUCAAUUCCUACCGGAACCGUAGUUUGUCCUUGCCAGGCCUGAGCGACACCCUUGGGCAAGAGACACGGGCGAUGAGAACGGUGCGUCCUCUAAACACUCACGCUCUAUGUGAGUGCCAGACACAGGACUUCCAGGUCAAGUGUCCACAUAGGAGGAGAGUGGAUGGGGGGGGGGGGGUUCCGUGGAAGGCUAAGUUCAAUGCUUGUUCAUUGAGCCAUAAAGGUUAGUGGCCUGUGUCUCAGAGUUGUGUUGGCAGGCAGAGAUAGUGCACCUUCCAGGCCCCCUAAGGUGUGCCCCUGGGGUCUGGGAACACAAGUCCUAAUGGAUCCUAAAGGGGUAGAAGCCAGCCCAGGAGUCCUUGGGCCCCCUGAGGGGAGUGAAGGACCAUGGGCCUCCAUAUGUUUCUGAUCAGCACCCCUCCCCUCAUUGUGGGGACAGAGAGAUCAUUUUCUGUUGUUUAUACAAAAAGGAGGCUGAGCUGGGCCUCAUGUGUUCUCACACUGGGGAGGUAAUGGUAAGGGGGGGUCAGGGGGAUCAUAACUCACCGUCAGGCUUGGGGCAGGUGAUCACUUGUCCUAUUGGGGUCAGGUUACCUGUCCUGUCAUCUUCUUGCCCAGGGACAGGGAGACCUGGACCCUCCAAGCGAAGUCCAGCAAAGGUUGUGGCUCACCACUAAGCCAAUAUCCUUUGUUGCCAAGAUGCUUUUCACUCACCACUGUCCUAAUGAUCAGAGACUUUCCUUUUGACCGACUGCUGUGUCUACAUAGCACGCAUGUACUCAGGCGUCUUCCAGAGCCCCCUAUGUAUGCAUUUAUCAACAUAGCACUCUUUAAAACAUAGCUUAGCACACUGCAAGUUUGUGCUAAAGAAAACAAAACCACUAAAGGUGGAAAGUUAUCAAUGAACAGUCCCAGUUUCGGUACACAAUCCAGUUACUCCAAGAACGAAGCCCAUGCAGCUUCCUUACGUGGUGGAGUUUUCUCUUGGCACAACACAUCUUGCUUUAUGUCAGAUAAAAAACAGUGUUGAAAAGUGUUUGAACCUUAAAGAAUAAAAGUCGACUAGUUUACAUAUCUACCUAAGAGGACAUGGAAAUGACCAUGAACCUGUAUUUCAGGGACUAAAGGAAAUUAGGCCUGGCCUAAAAUACAUCAGACCUUUUGUAAGAAUGAAUUUCAAUAAAGCAAA